CUGCAGAGCUGGAGUCUUCUUCAUAGCACAUUCAAGGUCUCUGAAUGACGAACUUGUGUAUAUUUAGGUACUUAUCAGUAUAUUUGUCUACACCCAGUCCUUUAAAAAUGUACUGUACUGUAGUGUUUAUAGUCAUAAGUCAAGAAUACUUAUAAAUACUUUAGUAAACAUGGGAGUCAAAUAAAUCAGCAAAUGUAAAAAAAAUAUAUAAUAACUAAAUAUCAAGCAUCACUUUGUGAGUCGUCACAUUCCAACAGGAGCAGACGGUGAUCGCUGGCGUCGCCUCGUCAUCAGACCCUUCGUUGCUCUGUCACCCCGCAAUCACACUCAGCUGCGUCCGCGCGCACAGCAACAGCUGCAGCAGCGGCAGCGGGCGAAGGACGCAGCGCGGCGUCCGGGCGCAGCCGUCGGCUUCACGGGGACCGAGGGGGGGGGGGUUAAAAAAAAACAAAAAACAAACAAAAAAAAGCCCCACCAGGACCGAACCCGGCGGUCAGGAUGGCAGCGGCGUCCACGGAUUCGGGCCGGGGCUCCACCAGGAUAACGCCCGAAGUGCUGCGGGAGAUGCUCCAGUUCUACAACCUGAGCCGCGAGGAGUUCAUCAACACCUACAACAUCCAGCCGCUCGUCUACGUCCCCGAGCUGCCGCACAGCGCCAAGACCACCUUCGUGAUCAUGUACGUCGUCAUCUUCGCGCUGGCGCUGGCUGGAAACAGUUUGGUCAUCUACAUAGUAGUGAAGAAGCGGACGAUGCAGACGGCCACCGACAUCUUCAUCUGCUCCCUGGCGGUCAGCGACCUGCUCAUCACCUUCUUCUGCGUCCCCUUCACGCUGCUGCAGAACAUCUCGUCCGAGUGGUUCGGGGGGGUUCUGGUUUGCAAGACGGUGCCCUUCGUGCAGACCACAGCCAUAGUGACGGGCAUCCUCACCAUGACCUGCAUCGCCGUCGAGCGAUACCAGGGGAUCGUCUUCCCCCUGAGGAUGAGGAGGCAGUACUCGUCGAAGAGGGCGUACAAGAUGCUCGGGCUCGUCUGGAUCGCCUCUGUGAUGGUGGGUUCGCCAAUGCUGUUUGUCCAACAGCUCCAGGUGAAGUACGACUUCCUGUACGACCACUACCACGUGUGCUGCCAGGAGAGCUGGCGCUCGCUCACCCACCGGCAGGCCUACACCACCUUCAUCAUGGCCGCCCUAUUCCUGCUCCCGUUGGCCGCCAUGCUCUUCCUCUACACGCGCAUCGGCAUCGAGCUGUGGAUCCGCAAGCGCGUGGGGGACUCGUCCGUCCUCAACACCAUGAACCACAGGGAGAUCAGUAAAAUCUCAAGGAAGAAGAAACGAGCUGUCAAAAUGAUGAUCACCAUUGUUCUGCUGUUCACCAUUUGCUGGGCACCGUUUCAUACAGUCCACAUGCUGUUUGAGUACUACGACCUGGAGAAGAAAUAUGAUGGCGUCACGCUGAACAUGAUCAUCGCCAUCGUCCAGGCCAUCGGGUUCUCCAACAGCUUCAACAACCCCAUCGUCUACGCCUUCAUGAACGAGAACUUCAAGAAGAGCUGCGUCUCCACCCUCUCCCACUGCCUGCGGAAGCCCAACCAGCAGGGCGGCGCCGCGGCCGGGCCCAAGCUGAGCGUGCAGUUCGUCAAGCCCCAGAGCAGGGAGGCGUUCAUGGAGUCGGACGAGGGGAACAGCUCGAAGCAGCGCUCGGCCGACAAGGGGCCGUCGACGUCGCUGCACGGCGAGUCCUCGCUGGAAGUAAUAGGAGAAAAGAUCUCCACCAUUCAAACGGAGCUGCCGGCGAACAGCUCCUCCCAAGUCAAAUGAGGCGAGCGCUCUUCAGGGACGUGCCGCGCGAUGCGGCGGGUUCCCACUCGUGGUUUCAAAUCUCAACGCUGAAAGUAGGAACAAUGACGAGAGGAAUGAGUGUGUUUCUGCCCCUCAUCCUUGUGAGUGAGGAACACGUGCAGCCGGAGGAUAAAUGCUGCAGUUCGCAGCCGUCGGGACCAGGAACCCGCAUGGCUAAUCAUCAAGGUCAGGCGUGUUUAAUGACGUGCCGGAAGGAACCCACAUUCAGUGCAUCACUAAUGAGAACAAGCUGUGUAACCAGGGGCACUGCAUCAGCAGGAUCUGUGGGAAAAGGACAACUUGGAGGACACUGGAGCUGACGCAGCUACGGCAAAGAGCAAAGAGGAAAUGACUUUUAUUAUUUAUGCUAGAUUUGCAUGAAUUACAGUCACCUGUUCAGCAUAAAACUUGCUUCAGUUCAGAUUCCAUAACAUAAUUCAACCUAAUUGAAGAAGCUGACACAAACUGCUUUGCUGUCGAGCCACUAUGGCUUAACAGGGUUUAAAUCCUUGAAAGGUCAAUGGUCAUCUCUCCAUAAAAACCACUCUGGUGAUGAGUGUUUAAGUUGCACUGUGAGGUUUUCUGGCAUCAUACACAGGGAUAACGGGGGUUUCACUGUUGUGUUUUACUUAAUGGUGCUGUGGAAUAUUUUGUAACGUCCAAAUGUGACUUAUGUUAAGUUUUUCUGUUUUGUGUAUAUUUAAAAUUUUUCAAUGUCCUGCAAGUUUGGUAACGGCAGCUCGGGUUUUUAUUCUGUGCUGGUGUUUCAUUGAAAAUCAUCAUUUAAAAUGACGGUUUUCAUUUGGUUUUGGACAGUCUCUGCUUUGUGCUGAAUUCAGAAAGGUCAAAUGGACAAAGAUCAUUUUAAUUAAAUAGCUUUAUAAAAAGCUAGUUCUUUUCUUGAAGCAAAUUACAUAUUUCCCCCAUGAUGUCUGGCAUGUUCCACUUGUCAGUGUCACAAAGUAGUCAGUGCAGCACAAAGUCUCCUCUUUAACCUUCCUGCCAACAGCAGCAGACGCAUCUCACAGCGUCGCCAUCUGCUGCGUGGACGCCACAGCGACAGAGUUUAGAGGUCUACAAUCACGUUUCACCUGCAAGAAGAAAAACAGUCCAACUGGAUCAAGGUGGUGGCGGGAACUUCGAUGUUGGUAAGAAUAACAAGUCAUUUUCUUAUUCAUUUAUUGCAUUAUAUACAUUAAUACAUUGAGGGGCUUCAAACAGGAUUAAAUUGCAAAGCUAAAUAACAAGGACUUUCGAACUGAAUGCAAAAUGAGACCAUAUUUUCUGUUGUUCACUGUAACUGGGUUAAUCUGAAUUCAGUGUUCCGUGUCAUUAUGCUGAAUUGAAGGAACAUGAGGCUAUACAAUAUCUUAAUAACAAAGGAAAUCUGGUUUCACAAAAAAGGCCCAAGAAAAACUGUAAAUUAUUCCUAUCACAGAUUGAAACCAAAAAAAAAACAACCAACUCCAU